AUGGCCUCAGGACGUGUUGAACGCGAGUCACAAAGCUCGUCAAUGGAGUCCGCAGUUGCCAAACACAUACGGCCUGCUUUGACAUAUCGAGACAGUGCCGGCUCUAGCAUUGCUUCAAGAGGCAGCAAUGGCGGUGAUCGACAUGAUGUGAUGGUCAAGUUCCUCUACAGACGUGCGUCUCAGGCGAAAUGGUUGGAGCCUCCACAAGACGAGUACGGUGUCGUAGAUGGCGGCGCAGCAAAUCUUGGUGUCCUCCUGCGACGCGCCGACGGCAUCUACACCGGAGAGCCUCUCUUUCUGAACCCGGAUCUCGUACGCGCUGUCGAAAGGCUCGGCGUAGCAGUAGCUUUCACGAUGUCUUCCGAAAUCACACACGCCCUGCUUCAGCAAAUCACGCCUUUCCAGACCGAACUCUCGCUUGAUCCGCGAGGCUUUGUUCUUCCUAUCGUGAACUCGGUACGUGAUAUUGUUACUGGAAAGGUCACGGUAUCCCGAGAUGCGUACGUAUGUUUGUGUCGGCAAGAACGGAUGGUGUUAGUCUGGGGCGACACUGUCCCAGGAAUCCUCGCUCACGGGACUGAUAUCGAGACGCGACUGCUUGGGCUGGUCUGGGGAUCGCAUAUCCCUUCCUACAAUCCCACUCCUCCACUUCAGUACACUCCGCAACCAUUGCCUUCGCCACCAGUGGAGACACCAAAUGGAGCGAGAACAUCAAUGUUUCCCAUCUCAGCACACAUGACAGGAGGCAUGCCUUCUGAAAUGAACGAGAAGAUCAUUGCCAUCGACAGGGCGCUUGAAGUUGAAGAGCUAGGAGACCAAGCGUACGACCCAGAUAAGGAAGCUGAACUGCCCGAGCGCCAAUUUUUACUGGUACACGCUGUGACUAUUGGCAUUGCCAUGGUCCUGGUCAUCGUCGUGGAAAUGGCCUGCGUCGCAAAGCUGCUGACCGAAUACCGGCUCGAUGGAGGCAUGAUUCGCUUUGCGCUGGUUGCCACUAUCCCACUGUUUGCAUCGUUCUCACUGUUUUUCUUCAUCGUCAUUGGCGGUUCUUUGGGUCAGCUUUUUGGUCCCCUUUCGGGUUUGCAAGGAAAUAGUCUGUACUACUCAGGUGUCAAGCCGAAGCGAAUGCGCCACCAGGACUACGAACUUCCACAUGUCACAAUACAGAUGCCCGUCUACAAAGAAGGCUUGAAAGGCGUCAUUAUCCCCACUGUGACCUCACUACUGGCUGCUGUAAGGUACUAUGAGCAACAAGGUGGCACCGCUUCAAUUUUCGUCAAUGAAGACGGUAUGCGAUGUGUCGCGCCUGAGAUGCAAGAAGCACGAAAAGCAUUCUACGAGCUCAACAACAUCGGCUGGGUUGCUCGUCCGAAGCAUCAUGAACACAAGAAGGAGAAGUCCGGCUGGUUUUCAAAGAAGAAGGGCGACGACUCCGAGAAGGGUCCAGACACGGAAGAGAUAUUUAUUCGCGCGGGUCACUUCAAGAAAGCUUCGAACAUGAACUAUUGCCUCGACUUUUCGCUGCGCGUAGAAGACGAACUACUCCGACUUCUAGGUGAGCGAGCCCAAGAACGCGGCUGCUCAUCCGACGAUCUUACCGUUGAAGACGAAGAUGAGAUGUACGAGCGAGCCAUGAACGCAAUGCUCGAGAAAGAUGAAGGCCGAACUUGGGCUGCAGGAAACAUCCGCGUGGGUGAGGUCAUCUUGAUUGUCGAUUCUGAUACUCGAGUGCCAGAGGACUGUCUGCUAUACGGCGCACUAGAGAUGCAUGAAAGUCCUGAGGUUGCUCUAAUUCAGCACGCCAGUGGUAUCAUGCAGGUCGUCAACAACGUCUUCGAAAACGGUAUCACUUACUUUACCGACUUGGUAUACACCUCCAUCCAAUACGCCGUCGGGAACGGUGACUGUGCGCCUUUCGUUGGACACAACACGUUCAUCCGUUGGAAAGCCAUUCAGAGCAUCUCAUUUGAACAAAAUGGCUCGACUAAGUUCUGGUCCGAGCACCACGUCUCGGAAGAUUUCGAUGUCAGUCUUCGUUUGCAGAUCAACAAGUUCGUCGUACGGCUUGCUACCUACCACGAUGGUGGUUUCAAGGAAGGCGUGUCGCUCACGGUAUAUGAUGAGCUUGCUAGGUGGGAGAAGUACGCUUACGGCUGCAACGAACUCGUCUUCAACCCUGUUAUCUACUGGUGGCGGCGUGGACCCAUCACUCCACUCUUCUGGAAGUUCCUCUGGAGCCCAAUCAAAGUCACAUCCAAGAUGACUAUCCUUGCGUACAUCGGAACCUACUACGCCAUCGCGUCGGCCAUUCCCCUCUCACUAGCCAAUUACUGCGUCGUGGGCUGGUUCACCGACGACGUCGACCAGUUCUACAUCACCAGCUGGAAGAUCUUCGUCGGCAUGGCCGUCGUCUUCAACGUUCUCUCACCCCUCGCAUACGCCAUGUUGCGCCAUCGUCUAGGCAAAAAGACGUUCUUCUGGUCGCUCUGGGAGACUAUCAAAUGGAUGCCCUUCUUCCUCCUCUUCUUCGGCGGCAUCUCCUUCCACCUUCUCAAAGCCAUUUUCUGCCACUUCUUCAGCGUGGAAAUCGAAUGGACGGCCACCGUCAAGGAGCUCACCGAGUCGGGCUUCCGUGUAGGUCUUGACCGUAUCGUGCGCGACUUCAAAUGGAUGUAUAUGUUCUUGCUGCCUAUUAUCGGAGGCAUGAUCUACUGCGCGUCCUUUGCACCAAGGGGUUGGACGGUUAGCGAUUUUACGGCUAUUGUGCCGCUGGCCAACCAGGUUGGGUGCCAUGCUUUACUACCGUUUGCACUGGGUCUUUUCUAA